UUUCCUUCGCUUCCCUUCCCCCCCCCUCUCCUCACAAAUCCUAUUUGAUCUCCUCUCGCCCUCUCGAUUGCAAUUCUUCCCCUUUCCCCUCUUAGAACAGUCACUCAAUCUCAUCGCCUCGACUCUCCCUUCGAUCUCGUGAGGAGACGGGAUAGGGAUGGAGGUUCGGAACGUGGACAACGCGUCCGCCCCGCCGCCAUCGCCGGCGCCGUCCUCCAAGCAGCCCAAGCCUCCGCCUAAUCCCGUCGACACCGCCUCCGUCUCCCAGAGGCUUCAGAAGGAGUUGAUGGCUCUUAUGAUGAGUGGAGAUACUGGAGUAUCAGCAUUUCCUGAAGGUGAAAAUAUAUUCUCUUGGAUUGGUACAAUCGAGGGAAGCAAAGGAACUCCUUAUGAAGGCUUGUCGUACAAGCUUUCUCUGAAGUUCCCGUUGGACUAUCCAUUCAAGCCACCACUGGUUAAGUUUGAAACUCCAUGCUUCCAUCCAAAUAUUGAUCAAUGUGGCAACAUUUGUUUAGAUAUCCUUCAGGAAAUGUGGUCGUCCGCCUAUGAUUGCAGAUCGAUCUUGUUAUCUAUACAGAGCUUGUUAGGAGAACCCAAUAAUGAGAGCCCUCUCAAUUGUUAUGCUGCAACACUGUGGAGCAAUCAAGAAGAUUACAAGAAAAUGGUGCAUAAGCAGUACUCUAGUGGUGGUGAAGCAUUAGAAAGCUGAAUGUGACUCCAUCAUAUGACUGUAACACCUGAACAGUUGGAGCGAGACUCCUUUCAGACCUCAACAGUACAUUUCUCGUUAUUUCUUCCUUUUACUAAAGACAACCGCCUAUGUAUGCUUCUUUCUUUUCUCAGUCUUUCAGUCUGUAAAAUUAAGGAGACCUCAAUUUGAUGUUUAUAAGCAUUUGGGAGAAGUAUCAUACAACUGAAGUAUCAUACAACUGAUAAGGUGGUUGGAAGUCAUACCAUAAUU